UGCCACGGCGGGGCUUGCACCGGAAGAGGGCCUCAGCGGGCCGGAAGUGAGUCGGGGACGCCGGUGCUGCAGGAGGAGAUGAAGCCGGCGGUGGACGAGAUGUUUCCCGAGGGCGCGGGGCCCUACGUGGAUCUGGACGAGGCAGGAGGCAGCACCGGGCUCCUGAUGGACUUGGCGGCCAAUGAAAAGGCAGUUCACGCAGACUUUUUUAAUGAUUUUGAAGAUCUCUUUGAUGACGAUGAUAUCCAGUGAGGUGUGUCCGGCGGUGCGUUUGCCCAGCCUUUGCCAUGCCGUGGUGCGGUGGAUCGCCUCACAGGACAGUGUUAGAUGGUUCCGGAGAACUUGUGGAAAUCACUUGAAAUUAGG